AAAAAAGAAUUAUACCUCACGUUGUGUGUUGUUGAGUCCGAGAUGUUGCUUUCCCCAUUGCCGCAGUGUGUGAGCACGUCACCGUCAGAGGAACGGAUCGUGGUGUACUUAAAGGGCAUGUGGUCUCCCUGUUUCGACAAGAUGUUCUGUUUCUCCCAGCAAGCUCUUCAUUCUAUUAAGUCUUCUCUGCAUUUUCAUCCUCGUCAAGAUGAAGGCGAACUUGAUUUCACUCCUCUGCCUCUUGGGUGCUGGAGGAGUCUCUGCCAAUAUAGACAUAUAUGUGUCACCAACAGGAUCCGACUCUGGCGAUGGCAGUCAGUCCAGCCCCUACAAGUCUCUGACGAAGGCCCAGCAACAGGUCAGGUCUGCCCUUAGCAGCAGCUCCUCCGGUGGCAUUACAGUCCAUCUAGCUGGCGGUGUACACACUUUGUCUAAGCCGCUUGUGCUGACAGACAAGGAUUCUGGCUCCAGUAGCCAGCCUGUUGUCUGGACAUCCAGUGCCAACGCCACCGUCUCUGGCGGCCUCAAGAUCACAAACUGGUCGCGUGGCUCCAAUGGCAUCUACUCUGCCUCUGUGCCAUCGAAUACAUACUCACGCAAUCUAUAUGUCGACGGAUUGGUGGUAUCUCCAGCACGCAAGCGGAUCAACCGACGCGACUUCAAGUUCAGCAAUGUUGGCAUGUCAUGGACAGACACUUCCUACGACUACAUCUCGUCAGUGCGCAACAUCAGCAACGCCGAAGUGCGCUUUAUCAACUCCUUCACUGACCGUUUGGCCCCCAUUAUCUCGGUUUCCAAUCGCCAGAUCGUGUUCAAUGGAACCAACUGGAAUAACAACAUCAUUGGCUACGACUCGGUGUCGAAGCCGUUUAAUGACAACGGCGUCUGGAUCCAGAAUGCCUACGAUCUCUUAAGCGCCCCCGGUCAAUUUUUCCUUGACACCGGCGCCAACACUGUCUACUACUGGCCCUUGGACAACCAGGACAUGUCCAAAGUUGAAGCGUACCUUGGCAUCCAAGAGACGCUUGUGUCCAUCGGUGGCUCAUAUGAUGAUCCUGCUCAUGACAUCACCUUUAGUGGCAUCAACUUCGCCCACUCCACGUGGCUUCGACCCGGUCAGGGCUAUGGCUACGCUGACCAACAGACUGGUGGCUACCUCUCCGCCACCAAGAACUACACCGACUUCGAGGCCGGACGCCAGGAGUGGUGGCUGAUGCCCAGCGCCAUCCAAAUCAGUGCUGCCAACAACAUCAACUUCGCCAAUGGAAGUUUCACGCAGCUCGGCGCUGGUGGUGUUGGCAUUGGUGGCGAUCCUAAUGCUCAUAUCUCUGGUGUUGGCUACGGCGCGAAUGGCGUUUCCAUCGAGGGUUCUUACUUCACUCAGGUCGGUGGUAAUUCAAUCACCGCGGGAGGCAUUCUGCCUAACGCUCACCACCCCAGCGAUACACGCAUGAUCAACAAAGAAAUUACUAUCCAGGAAAACAUCUUCUAUAACAUUUCCAACGUCUACACUUCUACCGUGCCCAUCUUCGCCUCGUAUGUUCAGUACUCGGACAUCAGCUACAACGAUAUCAACUGGGCCCCUUACUCCGCCCUUUGCAUUGGCUACGGGUGGGGCCUCAACGAUGAGGGUGGAAGCCCAUUGUACGAGCAACGUGGAACCUAUAAGUACACCCCAAUCUAUCACACCGCUACUACAGCCAAGAACAACAGGGUCAAAGGCAACCUCAUCCUCAACUACGGAAGAAGCCACCAAGACUUGGGUGGUAUCUACACCCUCAGCAAGUCCACAGACACCUAUAUUCUUGAGAACCAUCUCGAGGCUCCUUAUGGCUAUGGUUUCUACACAGAUGAAGGCACCAACUCGUAUAUCUUCCAGCGGAACAACCCCUUCGUUUCGAGCGAAUGGUAUCACGCUAACCAGGGUUACCCUCUCACCACCGGCAACAACACAUUACAGGACAACCUCCACAUUAAGGGUGUUGACAUGGGAGACUAUCCUAACCGCUCUGGUUUUGUCAACAAUACCUAUGAACGAAACUAUUACAUUACUCCUGCGUCUACCACGGUCACGUCUGGCAGGGUUGCCUGGCGUGCUGGCAUUCCCCCGGGAAAACGUGGCAACCGCCCUGUCAGCAAUCGCAACAACGGCGCAGAUGGCGGCAUCGAACUUGAGUUCCCUUCUGAAAGCGGCUCAGUGCUGGUUCGGCUUACCAAUUUCGACGACGUUGAUUACACGAACCUCAAAUUCACGCCUUCCAUUACACCAACCACCAACUUCACACUUUCAACUGUCUCUGUCCCAAGCUCAAUUCCUGCCAACAAUAUCGCUAUUGCUAAGUACAAAGUGACCGGCACUUCAUGCAUUCCUCCCACCUUCCAAAUCAGCGUUACCUACACAAACCCGCGUACUGCCACGACCAAAACCCUCUCCAUCAGCAAUCAGAUCGUUGGCUUUAGCGUUCUCGACUCUAGCAAUUACCCUACCGCUACCACUGCCGGCAACGCCAUUUUCAGACAAACAUGUGCUGAUACCGAUAAUAUCCUCGGUAUUAGCACUAUUGGCCGCGACUCUUACAACGGUUUUGAUGAUUGGGCGGUCAUCAAGACUGACAACUUCACCACAAACCAUGGCUCUGUCUCGAUCAAGGUCCUCUCCAUAGACCAGAGUACUGGCAGGGCUGGUAUUGUUGGUCGCAACUCCCUUGCUCCCUUCAGCAACUCUACUGGAUACGCACAAGUCAUAGCUCAGGCCUCUGGCGGCGUUGCCUUUCGCUGGGAUGCCAGGGGUGUUGGCCAACUAACCAACACUACCACGAUUGCCAACAUUAAAACCCCGGUCUGCCUCCGUCUAAAUGUCGAUGGUAGCUAUUUCACCCCGUUCUACUCGACCGACUGUCAGAAUUGGAAACGCUUUGGAGCCCCAGUCUACGUACCUGGUCGCAAAGGGUACACUGAGUUUGGCCUUGUUGCAACCGCCAAUAUUGUCACGAAGAACGUCACGGCGCUCUUCACCCAGGAUUUUUAGGUGUUCAACAACAAAGCAGGCACAGGACUCCUCAGGAUUGUCAAGGACAGAAACAUUGCCUCUGACUUUGCUUCACCUUGCGAUCGCCUCUCCUUGCUGUCAUUGACCUAAUGUAGUCGUUUUACUGUGUUUCCUUUGUAUCUGUGUUUCCUUUAUAUCUGUGUUUCCUUUAUAUCUGAACUAUAUUUAAACGCACAAGUUAUAUUUUAACUUUAAAUUUAGUUCUUAAGUAC